AUUAUUAUUAUUAUAUACAUGCGUCAUGCAUGUCCUUACUCCUUGCUGAAUUACUAUUUCAUCUUCAUAGGUAGUUCGUACCUACCUAGUCAGGAUAACGUUUUUUGCUUGACCUGAACGACUGUUACAUUUUGUUUCAUAAUAUAAUUUCACGUAUUAUACAAGGUUGUAACUUGUAUUUAAUACUGGAAAACAACUGUUAGAAUUAAAAUACUUUAUUUCAGUCAUCGUCCAUCGACCAUUCGUUUCGCGGUAAAAACGUUGAAAUGUCUGCUACGACCAGAAGCGUUCGCCAUCAAACACUCGAACAACAGAAACAACUGUUGGAAAUGAAAAUGAGGCAAGUAAGACACUCUCCUCAGAUAAUUAAAACGUCUGACAACGUUAUACCUAGUGCGAGGAUACGGCCAAAAUCUGGAAGACCGAUAGAAGUCAACUGUUAUGAUGGACCGUUAGCAUACGCUAUGGUGAAUAGUAGUCCUGAUUCCAGUGAUAUAUUAGGUGUAUCAAGAAAUUCCACUAACCGGGAUAUCAUUGAAGAUAUGAGAAAAGAAGUAGCAGAAAUGACUGUUGAUGAACGAAGGAUAUCUAUAGAUACGGAAGACGAAGAAUCUAGUUCAAUUUCUCCUGUUAAAAAUAUUAGCUCUAUACAUAUUAAAGAAAGUAGUCCAUUCAUUUAUCCUUCUUCUACUAUAACCGAUACUAACGAGUUGGAAGGAGAUGUAUUUGGUAAUUUAGAAUCGUUUGUUUUGGAGCCUGCCUCACAGGGAGUUCAUUUUAAAUGUCGUAUUACUAGAGACAAAAAAGGCAUGGAUCGAGGGUUGUAUCCUACGUAUUACUUACACUUGGAUAAAGGCAACGGAUCAAAAGUUUUUUUAUUAGCGGCUCGUAAACGAAAAAAAAGUAGAACAUCAAAUUAUCUAAUUUCAACUGACCCUACAGAUUUGUCAAGAGGAGGAGAUUCUUUUAUAGGGAAGUUGAGAUCAAACUUGAUCGGAACACAAUUUACAGUGUACGAUAACGGAACUUCCCCAUAUAAACCAACUAUUGAUGGAAUUCGAGAAAGACAAGAACUGGCUGCUAUUGUAUAUGAAACCAACGUACUUGGAUUUAAAGGACCACGAAAAAUGACUGUAGUUAUACCAGGCAUGAACAAAAAUCAUCAACGUGUUAAAAUAGCAACUACAGAUAAUAAUACAUCACUCUUAGAAUCAUACCGGACUAAGAAUAUGGAUGACCUGAUAGAACUCCAUAAUAAAACUCCUCAAUGGAAUGAAGAGACGCAAUCGUACGUGCUUAAUUUCCACGGAAGAGUAACACAAGCUUCAGUUAAAAAUUUUCAAAUAGUUCACGAUAACGAUAUUGAUUAUAUUGUUCUUCAAUUUGGACGUAUUUCCGAUGAUCUCUUUACGAUGGAUUAUAGAUACCCGUUGUGUGCGAUGCAGGCAUUUGCUGUUGCUCUUAGUAGUUUUGAUAGCAAAUUAGCUUGUGAAUAGCAAAGGUGAUUUUUUCACAAUUGAUAUUAAAUAUUUAUUAUAUCUCAUUACACUGAGUUAGGUGUGAGCAUAACUAAUAAUUAUUAUUUUAUAUAUUUUGCACCAAAUAUGUAUAUUUAUUCUAGUCUUUUUUUUAUAUAUACAACUUUCCUAUGUUAAAUUUAAAUGUUUUCACUUGAACAAGUAUUACUAUUUUUAACUCAUUUAGCGUUUUUGCUAUGUGGAACUUCAUUAUUUCAUUUAAAAUUAUUUGUAGAACACUGCCACUAUUUAACUGCCUUUAU